UUUAGACGGAUUUGUUUGGCUGUGGGGUAAAGUUCGUCGGUAUUCCAUUUCCGAGUUUCGGUAUAUUUGUGAUCCAAAUCACUGAAAUAAAAGUGAUAAGAGGUUUUCGACUCAAGUUUAUUUUCGAACCAAAGUUACGUUUCCAUUGAAGCCAGUUUGCAUUUGUUUUUUUCAAGUGUCAUACUCAGUGCCGGCUAGAAUAUUUUUUGGAAGAAUUCAGGUGGAAAAAAGGUGUUAUUUACUUAGAUUUUCUUGGUGGUUAGAUGGCCGCACCGUGGCAGGCCCCGCCAGCUCAGGGCCUGUACGACCCCGCGUUCGAGCGCGAGGCAUGCGGCGUGGGCUUCGUGGUCGCCAUCGAUGGCCGCAGGGACACCAAGAUCGUGCGCGACGCGCAGCGCCUGGCCGUUUCUAUGAACCAUAGAGGCGCGUGCGCCUGCGACAACGACACCGGUGACGGAGCAGGGGUGCUCACCGCUAUUCCUCACGACUUCUACGCAGCCAAACUCAAGGACGAACAAAAUGUUCAGCUACCCCCCUUCGGAAGGUACGCCACUGGAAUCUUCUUUCUGGAUAAAUUGCACCAUCAAGAUUCAGAAAAUAAAUUCGGAGCCUUGGCAGAGGAACUGGAAUUGUCCGUGCUGGCUUGGCGUUCCGUACCAACCAACAAUUCCGCCAUAGGAGCGGUUGCCAAGAGUUCUGAACCAUUUAUGAGACAGGUUUUUGUUGCACCCAAAUCUACUUUGGAAAAUGCAGCUGAAGAAGAAUUAGACAGGCGAUUCUUCGUAUUGCGAAAGAGGGCUAGUCAUGAAAUUCCAGCCCCAGGAAAGAGGUUCUACAUUUGUUCUUUGAGCAGGAGAACAGUAGUUUAUAAAGGCCAGUUGACCUCAGAUCAACUAUGGAUUUACUUCCCAGACCUUAGCGAUCCACUCUACGACACUUACCUGGCCUUAGUACACACCAGAUUUAGUACUAAUACAUUCCCGAGUUGGGAGAGGGCUCAUCCAUUAAGGAUGAUAGCCCAUAAUGGUGAAAUCAACACUUUGCGUGGCAACGUCAAUUGUAUGAAAGGAAGAGAAGGUGUGAUGAAAAACGAACUUUUCGGUGAUAAACUGAAGAACUUGUAUCCAGUUGUAGAGCCUAAUUUGUCAGACAGUGGUUCUGCCGAUUGUGUGCUCGAGUUUCUGGUCCAUGCCGGCCAAAGAAAAUUACCAGAGGCUGUUAUGACUAUGGUGCCAGAGGCGUGGCAGAAUGACCCAACGAUGUCUGAGGAUAAAAGAAACUAUUACCAUUGGGCUGCCUGUACAAUGGAGCCUUGGGAUGGUCCUGCUUUGAUCUCCUUCACGGAUGGGAGAUUCAUUGGUGCCAUUUUGGAUAGGAACGGCCUAAGACCUUCCAGGUUCUAUAUUACCAAAGACAAUAUGAUGGUUAUGGCCAGUGAGGUUGGUGUAUAUGAUGUCGAUCCUGCCAAUGUGAUCUUCAAAAGUCGUCUAAAACCUGGCAGAAUGUUACUGGUCGAUACUGUUGAAAAAUCCGUCAUUCAAGAUGUUGAAUUGAAGCAACAGAUAGCCCAUUCAAGACCCCACUCACUCUGGCUUAAAGAACAGAUGAUUUCUAUGGAGGAACUAAGGAAGGCUCACUUGGACGCCGGACGUCAGGCCAAACCUAAGUACGAGCCUAGCGGUUUAACCGAUAAACGACUACCUUUGUAUGGUUAUUCUACCGAAACCAUUCAUAUUUUGUUACUGCCAAUGAUCAACAAUAAAAAAGAAGCUUUGGGUAGCAUGGGUAACGACGCCCCCCUUGCUUGUCUCUCAAACUUCGCCCCCUUGGUUUACGAAUAUUUCAAGCAGCUCUUCGCCCAAGUUACCAACCCACCUAUAGAUCCAUUCCGUGAGAAAGUUGUGAUGUCCCUUCAAUGUCCCAUAGGACCAGAAGCCAAUAUUUUAGCGCCCAGCGCUCAACAAGUGCAUCGACUUUGGCUGAAAAAUCCAGUAGUGUCCAUCGCAGAUUUGGACAUGUUCAAACAAGUUACUCACAGAAACUGGUCGUCGCACGUCAUUGACAUAACCUUCCCGGUAGAAAAUGGAGCAGAAGGCUUCCCUAAGAAAUUACAAGAAAUCCUAGAUGAAGCUGAUCAAGCAGCUAGCAAUAAUCAAAUAAUAAUUUUGUCAGAUAGGUUGGCAUCAAAGGAGCGAGUUCCUAUAAGCAGUCUAUUGGCCCUUGGUGCCACUCAUCAUCAUUUAAUAGAAACAAGAAAGCGAAUGAAAGUAGCUUUGAUAGUAGAAAGCGCAGAAGCAAGAGAAGUGCAUCACAUCUGCGUACUACUCGGAUAUGGCGCUGAUGCCAUAUGUCCCUACUUAGCUCUGGAGCUGGCUUCCAGUCUCAGAGACCAAGGAAUCUUGGAUACUAACCUAACAGAUGAAGUGAUUUACCAGAAUUAUGCUCAAGCUAUGCAAACAGGUAUAAGCAAAGUUAUGGCCAAAAUGGGCAUUUCAACUCUUCAGUCAUACAAAGGAGCCCAAAUUUUCGAAGCUGUCGGAUUAGCCGAAGAUGUCAUUGACAAAUGUUUCAAAGGAACGCCUUCAAGAAUCGGUGGUGUUACUUUGGAAACCCUCGCCAUUGAGGCAUUAGAAAGGCAUAAAAAUGCCUUCCAAGUCGGCUCUGACACUCUUAUUUUAAGAGAUGCCGGUAAAUAUCAUUGGCGUGCCGGCGGGGAGAAGCAUUUGAACGAACCUGCUAGUAUAGCAGCGUUGCAGGAGUCCGCAGUUAAUAAUAACAAAGGAGCUUACGAAAAAUUCAAAGAAUCGACUAUGCAAUCGGUUAAAGAUUGUAUGUUGAGAGGUCGCUUUGAAUUGAGAACCUUGGACCAGGCACUGCCUUUGGAAGAGAUUGAACCAGCUUCAGAAAUUGUUAAAAGGUUUGCUACAGGAGCUAUGAGUUUUGGUUCAAUCAGCUUGGAAGCUCAUCAAACUCUAGCCAUUGCAAUGAACAAAGUAGGAGCUAAAAGCAACACUGGAGAGGGAGGCGAAGAUCCAGAAAGAUAUCUGGAUAACGAAAAACGAUCAGCCAUCAAACAAGUAGCCUCGGGCCGGUUCGGCGUUACCUCAUCGUACCUAGCCCACUCUGACGAUCUACAAAUCAAGAUGGCACAGGGCGCCAAGCCAGGGGAAGGCGGUGAAUUACCCGGCUACAAAGUGUCAACUGACAUCGCCAAAACGCGUCAUUCUGUGCCUGGUGUGGGUCUGAUAUCGCCUCCUCCUCAUCACGACAUCUAUUCCAUUGAAGAUCUGGCCGAACUGAUAUACGACUUGAAGUGCGCCAAUCCGCAGGCGCGGAUAUCUGUCAAGCUGGUGUCGGAGGUGGGAGUGGGGGUGGUAGCCAGUGGCGUAGCCAAAGGAAAGGCUGAACACAUUGUAGUUUCUGGUCACGAUGGCGGUACUGGUGCCAGUUCUUGGACUGGAAUCAAAAAUGCUGGAUUACCGUGGGAAUUGGGAAUAGCAGAAACUCACCAAGUUCUAGUAUUGAACAACCUAAGGUCUAGAAUCGUGUUGCAAGCUGAUGGCCAAAUUAGAACAGGUUUCGACGUCGUGGUAGCCGCUAUCUUGGGCGCCGACGAAAUAGGGUUCAGUACAGCACCACUGAUCGUCAUGGGUUGUACCAUGAUGCGAAAGUGUCACUUGAACACUUGUCCCGUUGGUAUAGCCACUCAAGACCCGGUUUUGAGAAAAAAAUUCACUGGACAGCCUGAGCAUGUUGUUAACUACAUGUUUAUGCUGGCUGAAGAAAUAAGAGAACAUAUGGCUAAAUUAGGAGUUAGGACCUAUCAAGAGCUUGUAGGUAGGACUGACUUGCUCAAAGUUAGAGAGUCGGGAUCUCCUAAAGCUAAGAUGCUUAAUUUGAACACUAUUUUACAAAAUGCCUUGCACAUGAGGCCUGGAGUUAACAUCAAAGGAGGAUCUGAAACUCAAGAUUUCCAGCUCGAAAACCGAUUGGAUAACCAACUAAUUGAACUAUCUAAGCCUGUAAUUGACGGAACACAACAAACUGUCAAUAUAGACAUGGCAAUUAGAAACGAAGACCGAGCAUUUGCAUCUACUUUGAGCUACCACAUUUCUCUAAAAUACCAUGAAGAUGGUUUACCAGAAGGAAGAUCCAUUAACAUUAACCUUACUGGUUCCGCAGGUCAAAGUUUCGGUGCCUUCUUAGUAAAAGGUGUUCAUAUCACUUUAGAAGGCGACGCCAAUGACUAUGUUGGCAAAGGUCUUUCUGGAGGAUCUAUAGUUAUCUAUCCACCCAAAUCGUCACCUUUUGAAUCCCAUCUCAACGUAAUUGUUGGAAACGUGUGCCUCUAUGGAGCCACUUCAGGAAAAGCCUUCUUUAGGGGUAUUGCGUCAGAGAGGUUCGCAGUAAGGAACUCCGGAGCUGUGGCUGUUGCAGAGGGCGUGGGUGAUCAUGGCUGUGAAUAUAUGACAGGAGGGACAGUAUUGAUUUUAGGUCUCACUGGACGUAAUUUUGCUGCCGGUAUGUCCGGUGGCAUCGCCUACGUAUGGGAUAUAGACGGUAAAUUCUCUACAAAAUGCAACAUGGAGAUGGUUGAAUUAUGUAAACUAGAAGAUAAAGAUGACGUAGUUUUGGUUAAAAAACUACUUGUAGAAUUUAGAGAUCUAACAGGAAGUCUUGUUGCCGACCAACUAAUAAAGGAGUUUGAAUCUAGACUGAAAGAAUUUGUUAAAGUUUUCCCGUACGAGUACCAGCGUGCACUUAAACAAAAAGCUGCAGCUGUUGAACAGGCAGCUACGCAACCGACACGGCAACCAGCUGAACCAAAGAUUCUGGAUAUUGAAGAUGCGGCAGGAGAUGCGCACGAACAAAAGAAAGCUGAAAGAGCUUUGGAUAAGGUCAGAGGAUUUAUGAAGUAUCCUAGAGAAACAGGAUUAUACAGACCAGCAGAGAAACGAAUGAAAGACUGGGACGAAAUCUACAAUUUCCAGCAUGUAAGAAAAGGUUUAAGGGUACAAGCUGCCAGGUGUAUGGAGUGCGGUGUACCAUUCUGUCAAUCAAACUCUCACGGGUGUCCAUUGGGUAAUAUAAUUCCUAAAUGGAACCUGUUGGUGUUCCAAAACCAGUGGCGUCAAGCGUUGAACCAUCUCUUACAAACGAACAACUUCCCUGAAUUUACAGGAAGAGUUUGCCCAGCACCUUGCGAAGGUGCGUGCGUUUUAGGCAUUUCUGAACCCAGCGUCACCAUCAAAAACAUCGAAUGCGCCAUCAUCGAUCAUGCUUUUGAAAACGGCUGGAUCGUUCCACAGGUCCCUUCAUUAAGGAACGGUAAAAAGGUUGCUAUAGUUGGCUCGGGCCCAGCAGGCCUUGCUUGUGCCCACCAGCUGAACAAGGCUGGCUAUAACGUCACAGUUUUUGAAAGGAAUGACAGGAUUGGAGGUUUGUUGCAAUAUGGAAUCCCCACCAUGAAACUAAGCAAACAAGUAGUCCAGCGACGCGUAGACCUCCUAGCCGCCGAGGGCAUCUCCUUCAAAACGAACGUCAAUGUCGGCAAAGACAUUUCCGCCAAAGAACUGAGCGAAGAAAACGAAGCUGUGGUUCUCUGCACCGGCGCCACCUGGCCCAGAGACCUCCCACUACCCGGCCGUCAACUCAACGGUAUCCACUUCGCCAUGGAGUUCCUAGAAAGCUGGCAGAAGAAACAGUUGGGCGCUAACCAUGAUGGACCGCACGCCAAAGACAAAAACGUCAUUAUUAUUGGAGGAGGUGAUACAGGAUGUGACUGCAUCGCGACAUCUUUACGUCAAGGAGCUGCUACGAUAACGACAUUUGAAAUUUUGCCGGAACCUGGCCCAAAGAGAUCGAACGAUAACCCUUGGCCUCAGUGGCCUAGGAUCUUUAGGGUGGACUAUGGUCACGAAGAAGUACGUGUUAGGUAUGGUUCAGACCCUAGAGUGUUCAGUAUAAUGACGCAAGAGUUCGUGGAUGAUGGUGAAGGUCACAUCAGCGGAAUCAAGACUGUUCAAGUGAAAUGGACCAAAGAUGACAGCGGUAGAUGGCAGAUGAACACAGUCCCUGGAACUGAGAAAGUGUUCAAGGCUGAUUUAGUGCUUCUUGCUAUGGGUUUUCUGGGUCCAGAAAGAGCUAUAGGAGAUCAAUUAGAACUGGAACUGGAUCCUAGAUCGAAUUUCCAAACUAACGACUACAAAACGAGCGUGGAUAAUGUCUUUGCUGCCGGCGAUUGUAGAAGAGGACAGUCGUUGGUAGUAUGGGCUAUUUCAGAGGGUCGACAGGCAGCUAGGGCCGUUGAUGAGUACCUCCAAACUGGUAAAACAACCCUUCCCGGUCCGGGUGGUAUUAUCCAACCCUCGUUGCAAGCAAUUCCUUUUGUUGUCUAAGUAGUAGGUAGAGUAGAAGGUUUAUUUUGUUUUCAUAUCGAGGUAUGAUGGAAAUCCAGGAUGGGUGGGAAAUAUAAUCAAUAUUGUUUGAAUUUUUUUGACUUAAUGUCGUGUUAAGUCAUCCCACGUUGCCUAAGAAGUCAAUGUAAAUAGAGGUUAGAAAAA